AUGACCAAGGAGUCGGCGGGGCUGUACAUCUGCUCCUACCAGGUCGGGCAUGCCUGGUCCCCGCAGAGUGAUCCCGUGCCGCUGGUGAUGACCGGAGCUUAUGACAAACCCUCCCUGUACAGCGUGCCGGACACGGUGGUGAGCGCGGGACAGGGCGGAAGCCAGGCCAGUUUCAUCAUGGACCCAGUCAAAUCCACACAGGCAGGCUCCUACAGGUGCUUCGGACACUUCCACAAGACCCCUUAUGUGUGGUCUCACCCCAGUGACCCAGUGCAGCUGCAAGUUAAAGGGCAGCCUGUGACCAUCACAUGCUCGGGGCACCCCAAUGCAGAAUAUUAUCAGAUCUCUAAAGUGGAAACACCUGGAGGUUCGGCCCAGAAGCAUGUGCAGCUGGGGAACACUUUCCACCACCCCUUCAUGACCAAGGAGUGGGCAGGGCUGUACAUCUGUUCCUAUAAGGUUCGGCAUGCCUGGUCCCCGCAGAGUGAUCCCCAGCCGCUGGUGAUGACCGGAGCUUAUGACAAACCCUCCCUGGACAGCGUGCCGGACACGGUGGUGAGCGCGGGGCAGCGGGUGCAGAUGCAAUGCUUCUCCCGGGUCAGGUUUGAUGAGCUUCUUCUCGUCCAAGGGAGUGGGCUUCAAACCCCUCAGAAAUCAAGCUUCCCCCCACGGGGCGGCAGCCAGGCCAGUUUCAUCAUGGACCCAGUCAAAUCCACACAGGCAGGCUCCUACAGGUGCUUCGGACACUUCCACAAGACCCCUUAUGUGUGGUCUCACCCCAGUGACCCAGUGCAGCUGCAAGUUAAAGACACCCCCACAGCUUCUUCCCAGCCACCGACCACGGACGUGGAGGAAGACUCUGCUGCAGGGACCCCUGCAGGCAAUGCUGUGCGGCUGGGCCUGGCCGGCCUAGUGCUCCUGCUGCUGCUGGCAGUGCUGGCGGAGGCCUGGCUCAGCUGGAAGACACCGAUCCACGUGACCCAUGAGGAUCCCUGA